AUGUCCAAUCUAACCACUGUGACUGAGUUCCUUCUCCUGCGAUUCUCUGACAUUUGGGAGCUGCAGAUUUUACACUUUGUGGUGUUCCUGGUGAUUUACCUUGUGGCUCUGGUGGGGAAUCUUCUCAUCAUCACAGCCAUAGCCCUCGACCACCAUCUUCACACCCUCAUGUACUUCUUCCUGGUGAACUUGUCCAUCCUAGACCUCGGCUCCAUCUCUGUCACCAUCCCCAAAUCCAUGGCCAAUUCCCUCAUGAACACCAGGUCGAUUUCUUAUUCUGGAUGUGUCACCCAAGUCUUUCUCUUUAUCUUCUUUAUUUCAGCGGAUUAUGGAUUAUUGACUGUCAUGGCAUAUGACCGACAAGUCGCCAUCUGUCAACCACUGCACUAUGAGACAGUGAUGAACAGGACAGCAUGUGUCCAAAUGGCAGCAGGUGUGUGGAUCAGUGGUAUUCUUUACUCUGCCCUGCACACUGGGAGCACAUUUGUGAUAUCUUUCUGUGGAGGCAACGUGGUGGAUCAGUUCUUCUGUGAAAUCCCCCAGCUCCUCAAGCUUGCCUGCUCUGACUCAGACCUCAGUGAAAACUGCCGGCUAUAG